GAUAUACUAUAGCACUGCUGCACGUUUUUCUUUUCUUUCAGAUUUGUUAACCGGGUGUAAACUGGGUUUAGCCGGCUGUUAUUUUCUUACAACAUGGAUUUUUAAUAUUUCGUGUUGUCAGUGGUAUUUUAUGUAAUGGUUUUCUUAAGUUUGAUAGCUAUAAUUGAAAAAAGAUAUGUAUAGUUUGGAGUCCUCUACAAAGAAAGGAAUUCGGAACUGCCUACUGUGAUUCGCAAAUCACGUUGCUUGAUAAGAUGGUGAAGAGGAGGCAGAGGGUACCUAAAGAUGUUGAUGUGAUUGACCUGACUGGUCCAUCUUGCAUCCACAUCCGUAAAGGUUUAGACCAUGGUUUCCUCAAGAAGACUGGAAUAGACUCAAGCUGUUUCAGCUGCCAAGACUGCAGCAUUGUGGAGAAGCCCACUGCGAGUACAGACUGUCCUUCCGAUGAGGAAGAAGAUGAGACCAGCCAAACACCAACAAUAUGGAUGUGCCUGAAAUGUGGACACAGAGGCUGUGGACGGAACUCUGAGGAUAAACAUGCUAUCAAGCACUAUGAGAAGCCUCGCUCCGACCCUCACUGUCUGGUCCUCAGUCUGGACACCUGGAGUGUCUGGUGCUACAUCUGUGAUGAAGAUGUUCAGUACUCUAAAACAGGCCAACUGGCCCAACUGGUCACCAACAUUAAGAAGCAGGCCUUAAGUGAACCCAGGAUACAAACUCCACAGAGAAAGCAUUCAGUAGUGAAGUUGGAUAGCAGCCUGAUCGAGCCACCACAUGAAACCAAACCGGAAGUGAAACAGGAAAUGAUGGAAGGAAAAGAGAACACAGAACCACAGCUGAAGGAAACCCAGAAGAAGAUGGUCAAGAAAGACAGCCGAAUGAAAGAGAGCUUCACUGGUGUAAACAAAGGGCAGAACGCUGGGGGAGGAGCCAGCAGGUCAGUGUCUGUCCGAGGGCUCAGUAACCUUGGAAACACCUGUUUCUUCAAUGCCGUUGUUCAGAACCUUUCCCAAACCCAUAUGCUGAGGCAGGUCAUCAACCAGGUGACAGCUGAACAGAACACCAGUCUUAAAAUCUUGCCUGGGGGCUCUGAUCUGGAGCCAAUCCUUGUGCAGCUAGCUCCCCCUGGGUCUCUGACUGUAGCAAUGUGCCAGACAAUAAACGAGAUCCAGGAGACUAACAAGGGGGUGGUCACCCCAAAAGAACUCUUCAGUCAAGUUUGCAAGAAAGCGGUGAGGUUUAAAGGGUUUCAACAGCAGGAUAGCCAGGAGCUGCUUCGCUACCUACUUGAUGGGAUGAGAGCUGAGGAAAUUAAGAGAGUGAGUUCUGGAAUAUCAGAAGCACUAAAACAACAAGGGAGAGAUGCUGAACAAUGUAAGAAGUUAGUCAAAGAGUAUGAGAGGAAUGGAGCUCCUAAGACCUUUGUAGACCAGGUGUUUGGUGGGGAGUUGACCAGUACGGUGAUGUGUCAACAGUGCAAGACGGUGUCAUUAGUCAAGGAGAUGUUUUUGGACCUUUCCCUUCCUGUUUCAGAUGAGGCCUACCGGAAAAAGAUUCAGAAGAAAGGUAGCCAUAAGGUUAGCAGUGAAGUGAGCCCUGUCAGCAGAGACAGCCCUAGCCCUGUCCAGAUGGCCAAUGGGGAUGGAGAUGACCUUCCUACUGGGGUCGGCAGCAAGUACCAGCAGAAGAAACAGAAGAAACAGGCCAAGAAACAAGCCAAGACUCAGAGAAGGCAGCAGAGAUUGGAUGGAAAAAUCACCCUGGAUAACUUGACACCUCAGGAGGACUUCCCAGUAACACCUCACCUGGAUGACCUAAAACCUCAGGAGGACAUCCCAGAAACACCUGACCUGGAUGACCUAAAACCUCAGGAGGACAUCCCAGAAACACCUGACCUGGAUGACCUAAAACCUCAGGAGGACAUCCCAGAAACACCUGACCUGGACAACCUAAAACCUCAGGAGGACAUCCCAGAAACACCUGACCUGGAUGACCUAAAACCUCAGGAGGACAUCCCAGAAACACCUGACCUGGACAACCUAAAACCUCAGGAGGACAUCCCAGAAACACCUGACCUGUGUGACCUGAAACCUCAGGAGGACAUCCCAAAAACACCUGCCACAGCCCAGGAUGGCGAGGGGGCUAGGGCUCAGACAGAGGAGGGGGUUACGAUGAAAAACGGAACACAGAGAAAGGAUGAGGAGCCUCUGGGUGAGAACCAAUCAGUACAGACAGAGAGUUGUGAAACCACUCCCAUAGAGGAGGAUGAAGCGAACCCUCAGGAGUAUGGGUGCAGGGGUGAAGAUGAGGAAGAGGAUGGUUCGACUGAGGCCUGUGAACCAGCAGGCUUGUCUUCUGUGUCUGGCAACCGAGUCACCGCCCUGGCCAAUGACCCCCGUGACCCUGCCACAGAGGAAGCAGGCACCGCAGAAGAUGGAUUCGAGCACAGAAGAGAGGAAGAGGAAAACGGAGAUGGUGAAGAGCUGGAAAACGGAAAGCUGACUGUCAAGCUAGAUGAACUGUCUCUGAACGAAGGCUUUCUGGCCUCAGAGGACACAGACCUGGAGAUGGACACAUCUGUUGAUACAGAGCUGGAGAGGGAGUGCACUGUGUCUCAGCUGGACCCCAAGCAGGCCUUUCACACGCUGGCCAGCAGGGCGGUGCCAGAGAAACAGGAGUGCUCUGUGCAGUCCUGUCUCUAUCAGUUCACAGAAGUAGAGAUGCUGACCCAGAACAACUGUCUGCAGUGUUUCACCUGCACCAAACGACAGACCAGCACUUCAGGCUCCAAGAAGAGUGUUUACACAGAAGCCCUGAAGCAAAUGUUGAUCUCAUGCCCCCCAACAGUCCUCACUCUUCACUUGAAGAGAUUCCAGCAGAUGGGUUACGGUGUGUCUAAGGUGAAUCGCCAUGUUCUGUUCCCGCCCAUUUUGGACCUGGCACCAUUUUGUUCUGUCAACUGUAAGGGUGUGUCUGAUGGGGGGCGGGUGCUCUACAGCCUGUAUGGAGUAGUGGAACACAGUGGGACCAUGAGAGGAGGUCAUUACACAGCCUAUGUCAAAGCCAGACCCUCCUGCCCCCCCCCCUCCUCACACAACAGAGUGGACGUGCAAGAUCCGGGGUCACUGGCUGGGGUGUGGUUCCAUGUGAGUGACAGUAGUGUGCAGCCAGUCAGCGAGAGCAAAGUGCAGAGCUCUCAAGCAUACCUCCUGUUCUACGAGAGGAUCUCAUAAACCCACACCCAAAUGGCAGCCUAUUAACUUCGUAGUGCCCUACAGUCAGCCUGGGUCGUCAGGCAGUCUUCUGAAACCCAGGUCAAACUGGACACAUCCCUGCAGGACAACCGUCCAGCAGACCUGCCAACUGUACAAACGGACUGAACGGGUCAGAAUGCCAGUAUGUCUUCUUAUCAAGUGGCUAGUGGAAGUUGUUCCCCACCCGAGGCCGUGCAAAACCAAGUGCCCAAUAGUACCAGGAGGUCACAGGUGGGCGGUGCUAGAGGAGGGGCAAAGCCAUACAAAGUGUAGAGUGAUGAAUGAUUGUUUUUCUAAUCAAUGGAAAUGACAUGUCUCAAAUGUUACCCUAUUCUACAAAGGAAAUGACAUGUCUCAAAUGUUACCCUAUUCUACAUGGCUCUGGUCAGAACUAGUGCGCCAUAUGGGGAAUAGGGUUUUAUUUGGUAUGUGGGAAGAGGAACAUAGAUCACAUUAUGAAAUCAUGAUCAGUAACUAUUAGGGAUGUUCCUAAAGGAUUUUUUUUUUUCAAGUGUUUUUGUCAGUUAACUCACUGUAUCAGCAACAGGUGAAUAAAAAAUAAAGUAAUUUAACUGGA